AUAUCGGAAAAAAUUUAAAAAUUUUGAAACAAAACACCUUUAUUUUCAAUUCUCCCUAAACAAUUUUGGUGAGGGGAAAGAAGAAACGAAGAGUGACGACGACGACGACCACGACGACGACGACGACGACGACAAUGGCGGCCUCCACCUCGCGCCCCUCCGCCGCCGCAUCCCGAAUCGCCACCGCCGCCGCCAACGUCUCCUCCGAGAACCAAUCCCUCAUCGCUGAGAUUCGGAAAGCCCUAGGAAUCAUCAAAUCCGUGGCUGUGGACCUCGAGAGGGAGGAGAAAUCGGAGAACGUGAAACAGUUGGAAGAUGCGGUUUUGAAGCUCCUGGAUACGUACGAUGGCUGCGUCCGGUUCUCUGAGGCGGUCCAAAUUGUUAGCGGUGACUACCAGCCUUCUGAUCAGCCAACUGAUUUCAAAAAGCUACUGGAGAAUGAGGUUGCUAAGCUUAAGUCAGCAUCGCUGUCUAUGCCAAAAACCAAUCCUCUAUAUCGGCAGUUCAAGGAAGCUAUUUGGAAUGUCCAUCAUGCUGGUCAACCGAUGCCCGGUGAAGAGCAAGAAGAAGUUGUUAUGACCAGUACCCAGUGUAACCUCUUAAACAUCACAUGUCCGCUAACCGGGAAGCCUGUAAUUGAGUUAACGAAUCCAGUUCGUUGUGUGGAUUGUAAGCACAUUUAUGAAAAGGAUCCAAUAAUGCAUUACAUAAGAACUAUGAAACCACAACCUCGAUGUCCAGUUGCAGGUUGCCCGAAAAUUUUACAAGUGGGAAGGGUGGUUUGUGACGCUUUGCUUCCUAUCGAAAUCGAGGAGAUGCGUUCAACAGAGACUGCUGCUGUACACUCUACAAUAGUUGAGGAUUUCACUGAAGUUGACGAUGAAUGAUAUGGCGGUUUACAAGCCUUACAGGUUGCCAUGGUAACAUACGGAGAGCGUCUAUCUAGCUCUUAUUGAUUUCUACAUCUUGUUCCCUAUGUUGAUAUGUUUAUGUUCCCUGUAGAUGGACAUGCUGACUGACCCCUAACAUGUAAACCCAGAACUCGCUAAGCAGAAAAUAUCGUACUCCCAUAACACAAAUCAUAUAGUUUCUUGUUCUAUUAGACAUUUAAAAUAGCUUAUUACUUGAAAAUUGGCAUUUUGAGGAAGGAUUAUCUUGAUGAGUUGGUGUGGUCAGAACUAAAUGAGAUAAAAAUUAAGCAAGCGGAAAAGAUAUGAUUGCCUUGAGAAAAAUUGUGGGCGAUGCAUUGAAUUGGGUUGAAUGAUUUCGUUCCUCCCGAUUCUCACAGUUAAUACUUUGUCGAGAUAAGAUAAGCACCGCCCAUUUUAAAGUGGCUUGAACCUCCUCACAUUUGAAUAGUGAUAAUUCUUGUCUUUGGGAUGAGAUAUUUUCCUGAGAGAUCAUUUUAGACUUGUGUAGGGUGUGUAUUAGUGGAUUUAUAUGGAUCACAUGAAAACCUCGCAAUCCGUAUUCUGUCCAUGAAAGGUUGGGUGUAGAGUGCAUGUUUCCCAUCUCGUCAAAUUAUGGUCAGUAUGAGGAUCCUUAGUUUUCAGAGGAUUUACAUUUCCUGGUUCGGAUACAUGUACGAAGUUUUUAGAGUGUUUUGUUUUGGAAAUGGAUUCUA